AUGGCGCCUAAGAAAGCUCGCGAUCGCAAACGGCAGACAAAAAUCAAUUUCUCACCUGCUUCACAACCUUUGCAUGCGACCAAAUCCUCUGCCGCUACCGCCGCCGCCACAGCUGGCUCACCGUCGAGACCUCCUCGAAAGCAAUCAAAGCUAGACAAACGAGCGCUCAAAGUGGCAUCGAAGGCGAAAGAGCAAGAAUCAACCAGCGAAGAUGAGUUGGCCAUGGACACAGAGAGGAGCAUGCACUUAGGCAAGCCCAGAGGCAUGUUUAAUGGCCCGGCAGACAACUCGACAGGUUCUAUAAGCUCGGAAGAAGAGCAGGAAGUACAAACCCAACCCAAGUCACGCAAGCGACGGCGUGCGGUAUCACCAAUGGAAUCUGAAGAAGGACCGACAGUUGAAGUCGUGCCGCGCAAACGGCAGCGACGAGCUGUUCUGGUGGAGAUUGAAAGCCAAGACGAAUCGCAAACGAAGGAAGAAAAGAAGAGGAAGAGGAAGGAUAAGAAGGACAAAAGGGACAAGAAACGGCGCAAAGAAAAGGAAAGCACCCCAGAGCCCGUGGUCUACAGCACUCGGCGACGGCCUGCGAAGAAAGCUUCUACACCAGACGAUGACGAUGGCGAUGAUGAUGACCUUCGUCGGCCAAACACAAACUCCAAGCAGAAGGCGACACAGGAGCGCUCUCCAUCCGUCGAAGAAGACCAAAGUCCACCUCGAAGUGCAAGGCGGAAACUCAAGAGGCGGAGGCCUGCAUCUGAUGAUGACGAUGAAGAUGAGGCUCAAACUACGCCCAAACCAAAAAAAACCGCGGCCAGGGAAAGCUCUGCAUCAGAUGCUGCUGAUUCAGAAAGUGGUGGAAAUGAAAAUGCCAACGAUGAAGAGCAAGAAGACCUUGAGGAGGAUCUUGCAUUCCUGCGGUCGUCUCCAGUCGCAGACCGUGGCAGGCUAAGGAGUACCCACGACAAACCAAAGAAUAAGCGGCAAGAAGCUCUUGAAGCUUUAAAAAGGCGGCGCGCUGGCACAAGUGAACCGUCGUCGGCGACACCUGGACGGCGAAGAGCGGUCGUAGUAGACAGUGAUUCUGAAUCAGACCUUGAGAUUAUCAAGGAGGAGCAGGACAGUAACCUGGACGAGGACGAGGAUGAGGAAGAACCAGAUCGUGACGCCAAUGCAUUUGACAUGUUUCAAGAAGAUCAGGAGGACGAGCAGUUCAUUGACGACGACAUGGAAAACGCCAUUGGAGAGCCCUCGGCAAACGACGACUUGGACGAAAUCCGGUUAGGUUUUAGCAUCUUACGAGCAAAGACUAAGGAUCUCUUCAGACACGCCGUCGAGUGGAUGGUGAUGAAGAAGAUUCACCCAGGUUUCGAGUCGACCAAACACGUGUACACGUUGACUUUUCGCAAGUUAGACGACGAAGUCAAGGGCCUGGCAGGAUCAAAGUACACGUCGGCAGCCUGGACCACUGACUUUACACGAGCCAUUCGCGCGCGACCCGAUCUCAUAGUCAACGACCUCAGCGCAGCAGAAAGAGACGUCAUAUCACCACACUGCGAAGCAUGUAACCGCACCAACCACACAGCAAGCUCAGAGCUUCUCCUCCAAGGACAACCCUACAAUCCAGACACGCUCGAACCCGUCGCCAGCGACUCAGACAGCGACUCGGGUUCAGACAGCGACUCGUCAGGCCUCUCGUCUGACUCGGAAGCCCUGCUUAACGGCGAAAAGCCGACCUAUAACUUCCAACGCGAGCGUAUCCCCCCAGAGUCUCACCGCUUCCCCGUCGGGUCGACCUGCAAAGCAAACGCCCAGGUCGCACAUACCUUGUACCACUGGCGGUACCAUCUCUACCAGUGGGUCAAGGACUACCUCAAGGCCGAGGGGCACCUGACGCCCGAAAAAAUAGUCAAGAGGGACGCGUGGAGCGACCGGAAAAGGGAAAAGACUGCCCACAAGAUUGUGGAUGCCAUGGAGGCAAAGGGCCAGAUUCGCGAGCUGUGGCAUUCGUACAAAAAUCAGGUCACCGCGGCUGUUGAGGCGGAUAACGAGUAUCGCAAUGGAUGGGGUAGGUAUCGUUGA